CUUGAGGUGUGCGGGAGAUUUGGCAUAGAUUAUCACGCAAUCAAGAAGCCACUAAAAAUAUCUUGAGUUGCUGAGCACACCUUUGCGCAUAGGGGUCUGGGUGUGGGUGGCUGGAUUCUUUGGGUUCUGUACUGUUCUGGGGGUGUAGCUGUAGGUUAUUUUCUAUUACUUUGGGUGUAACUAGAGUAGUUUCUUUGUAUUUAUCCUGAAAAUGACGGCUCAGGUAGACUACCUGGCGGUGUUGUUCACCACCACAUCUGGCGCGAGCGGAGACCUCUUGGGUUCGGACGAGAAGGAGCUCGUGCAGUUGGUGUGGCAGCUCGUGGAUUUGAAUAACAAAAAGUUGGGGAAAGUGAAUGAGGUGUUAAUACGGCCUGAGCACUCCGACCUGGCAGAAGAUUGUCUGGGGGAGAGAGAGGAUGGGGAUGAAGUGGAGGACAGCGAGGAGUCUGUCUCUACAGUCACAGGCUUGGAGCACGCGCUAAACCAGUUCCAUCUGAGAUUGACCAAUGAAGUGAACACCUUGGGCACGGGCACGUCAGUGUGUGUGUGUACAGACGGGCAGCUCCACAUUCGCCAGGUUCUCCACCCCGAAGCUGCAGACAAGAACCUGGCACUGCCAGAAUGUUUCAACUCCUUUUUUGACCUGAGGAAAGAGUUCAGGAAGCACUUCCCCUCUGCAGACACCAAGAGCCUGGAGGUGCAGUACAUGGCUGAAUCUCUCAGUGUAACUGUGGAGCCAGUAGCCAUGUUGGAUCCGACGCCAGUCACAGCAGCACUGCAGGUCCAGACCAUGGCCAACAUCGUCCUAGCCCUGCUAUCUGAACCCUUACGUCACACAUUCUCAAACCCAGAGAGAGUCACUGAGAAGUUUGAAAGCGGCACUUGCAGUAAGAUGGAGCGUGUGUGUGAUAACACGGUGAUCAGAGCGAGGGGGUUGCCUUGGCAGUCAUCUGACCAGGACAUCGCUCGCUUCUUCAGAGGACUCAACAUUGCCAAAGGUGGCGCUGCGUUGUGUCUGAACGCCCAGGGUCGGAGGAACGGAGAGGCUCUGGUCCGCUUUGUCAGUGAGGAACACAGAGACAUGGCCCUGCAGAGACACAAACACCACAUGGGCAACAGAUACAUAGAGGUGUACAAGGCAACAGGAGAGGACUUCCUUAAGAUAGCAGGCGGUACCUCCAGUGAGGUGGCGCUGUUCCUGUCUCGUGAGGACCAGGUGAUCGUCAGGAUGCGAGGUCUUCCCUUCACCGCCACACCUGACCAGGUGCUGGCCUUCUUCUACCAGGGGGAGGGGCCUAAAGAGGCGUGUCCUGUCAGUGGUGACAAGGAUGGCAUCCUAUUUGUGCGUUUCCCUGAUGGAAGGCCUACUGGCGACGCCUUCGUCCUAUUCGCCAGUGAGGAGCAUGCUCAGUGCGCUCUCAGGAAGCACAAAGACAUCCUGGGGAAGAGAUAUAUUGAGCUAUUCAAGAGCACCGCCGCUGAGGUGCAACAGGUGUUGAACAGGUACUCGUCAGCCCCUCUGAUCCCCGUGGCUCCUGCCCCCCUUGUGUCACUGUUGCCCUCCGUGUCUCUGUUGCCCUCUCCUGGUGGUGUGAGGGACUGCCUCAGGCUGAGGGGGCUGCCCUACACCGCCACCAUAGAGGAUAUACUGGCCUUCCUAGGAGAAUACACACAUGACAUCAGACCACACGGAGUACACAUGGUGGUCAACCAACAGGGUCGUCCGUCAGGGGACUGUUUCAUCCAGAUGCGUUCAGCGGAGCGGGCUUUCUCUGCCUCCCAGCGGGUCCACAAGCAGGUGAUGUCUGGUCCGGGCCAGGCUGGCAAGCGAGGGCUUAACAGUCGCUAUGUGGAGGUGUUCCCCUGUAGCGCUGAAGAGAUGGGUCUGGUGUUGAUGGGAGGCUCCCUCUCACAUACACACACUCACACACACACCCGGACCAGGAGUGGGACAGGGCUCAGCCCGCCGCCAUGUAAGUCCAGACGUCUGUCUCCUCCCUCCUACUCCUUCCCAUCCGCCCCUUCCAUCCUGCCUGCUGAGGCUGCCGGCCUCUUCCCUCCCAUUGGUCAGAUGCUGCUGAGUCCCCGCCCCCUAGGACCUGGACACGCUUACUACCCAGCUAGCACUCAGCUCUACAUGAACUACACUGCAUACUAUCCCAGUCCCCCAGGUUCUCCCAACACUAUAGGGUACUACCCCUCCCCCUCCCCUCUGCCCUCCCCUGGGGGAGUGGUCCGUAUGCAUGGGCUCGCCUACAAAGAACUGCUCAACACCAUUCAGGGAUACCAGAGUCCUAUGGAGGCAUUGCCUGUCCUGAGCGGUAUGAUUGGUCAGUCCAGCAGUGGUGAUGCUCUGAUGCCCUUUCCCCCUCUCCUGACCAAGCAGGGAGGGUACUACCUGGACCGAAACAUGCUGUAGAAGGCUCAAAGAUCCCCACACUGUCGCACACUACCCAUUACACACACACUAUACCAGGGGUGUCAAACUCAUUUUACCCCGAGGGCCACAUUGGGUUUUCACCCAGGUCUGGAGGGCCACACUGAAAAUUGGUUAUAUGUACUUUUUAAAAUUUUUAUAAGACAUGGCUCGCUAUAUUAAACUGUGCUGAAAGUUUGACACUCCUGCACUACACUAUCACACAACACACACAACGCACACACACCAAAGGAUAUGUGGGGGAAUGUCCUGGCCUCCAGUUCCUAGUCUGAGUUGUAUAUACAGUGUAUAUGCGUGAGAGCAGAAAUGUAUUUUAUAUCAGAGCUUUGCCUCAGCCAAAAUGCAACUCUGUCUUAUAUUGCACACACUAUUUUAAAAAAGCUUUGUAGAGAUGUUAGAAGUAUUAGAACCACUUCAGGAGACGUUUGUUAGAAGUAGAGCUGCGUUUAGUAGUAAUUAUUGAUCUGAACCUUUCUUCAUGACGUGUGUGUAUGUGUGUAAGUGCGUGUGGAUGUAUGUGUGUGUGUGUGUGUGUGAGAGAGAGAGCGAGAGAG